ACUUCGCCCCAGUGAAGGAAAAUUGCUUUGCUUACACUUUGGGAACUGGAGAGCUGCUUUCAGGAAUGGCUAAGUUGAACUAGAAAAAAUGCAUUCUGAAUGAUAACUACUGCUCGCUGAACUGAACUGCAAAUAUCUCAUGCUUUGGAGAUGAAGAUGGUAAAUCCAAGGAAAUAAUCCAGCUGCUGCCAUUGUGACAACUGAAAGGUCCUUUGUGUCAAAAUGAACAGUCUUUGAGAAAAAUCUGGAAGGCAGUUAAAUCUGAAAAAUGGGAGAAAGAGUAAGGAGCCCAGAUUCUGAACACGACAGGAAAUCAGAUGGGGAUAAAAAUAGUGACUCCUAUUAUUCAGAUGAAGAUAAUGCAUCUCAUUCAUCUGGCCAGUCGCCAACACUAAGCUAUCCAUCUACAAGCCAAGAAAAAAGAGAUCACAAAACACAAACUUCAAACAGCCUUGUACACUACCAAGCCACAAAGAAAUUGGGUUCCAAAUAUGCACCAAGCAAAAGAGGGACGCGGUGGGGUUUCCGUUCUCAGAGCCUCACUAGAGAUUCUCCUGCAAAAGAUAUAGAUCUUGUUACAAAAAGAGUUCUUUCUGCCAGGCUGCUGAAAAUCAACGAGCUCCGAAAUGAACUGAGCGAACUCCACAUCAAACUAGAUGAGCUGCAGAAGGAAAACAGGGCACUGAAGAGGCUUCAGCACAGGCAGGAGAAAGCCUUGAAUAAGUUUGAAGAUACAGAAAACGAAAUCUCUCAGCUCCUUGCUCGGCACAGCAAUGAGAUUAGAAUAUUAAGGGAGCGCCUACGAAAAUCUCAAGAGAGAGAACGUGCAACUGAGAGACGGCUGAAAGAUUCGGAAGAUGAACUGUACAGAACAAAAACUGUCUUGCAGAAACUGAAAAAGCUGUCUGCAGAUAAGCACCUUGCUGAAAGAGAUGACCUGGCAAAGAAACUAGCCUAUGCAGAGAACAGGCUAGAGGACAGUGAAAAAAGAAUUAAGGAUCUGGAAAAAAAUCUUGAAUUAAGUGGUAGCAGUUUUCAACGAGAGUUACAUUCAAAGAAAAAAAAGAUGUAUGAGGCUCAAGAAGAAAACAGAGUUCUGCAAGAAGAGCUUAAUCAACUAAAUCAGAAGCUGAAGGAAAAAGAAAGGGAACUUGAAGCAAAAAAUAUAUACGCUAAUCGUAUGUUGAAGCUAUCGCCAAGAAAAGACAUGGAUGUUAUACAAAGAAAAAGAGCCAACAACCAAAAUAUUAAAAAAGGAGCACAGCUCACAAAAGGUGUACAGACCAGUGGAUACUUCUCACCAGUAGAAUUUCUUCCAGAAUCAGAACUUGUCUGUGGCGACACAGUAAACAAGAAAGAAGGGAUUCUUCCUAAAACAGAAAAAGAAACUCAAGACAAAGGAUGGAAAGAGCAAGCAGACCUCCUAAGACAAGACCAAGACAGGGAAAGGGAAGAGAAAUUGAAACAUUUUCAAGAAAUACAGGCUUUAGAGGAGAGGGUUCAAAAACUACAUGAUGAGUGGGAAAGGGAAGAAUAUGACAGAAUGAAAAAAGAAAGCAGCUUUUCAUUGGAUAAAGAAGAGAAAACCAAGAUGGAGACAGAAAUCCACAAACCUGAAGUAGAGAGAGAAAGCACUGAAAUGCUGGAAGAGCAGCGAAAAAGAGAGUUCCUGCUUGCUAAAAUGCAAGAAAUUGAUAGAGAAACUCAAAAUGUAACGAACAUGAAACCUGCUUCCCAAGCACCACUCAUAAAUACAGCAAGAAAAUCUGAUUCCGUGGAGAAAAAAGAAAAAACUAAUCAAUUCUUUGAGAUUCCUGGGAAGGUUACUAAUGGAUUUCCUGUAGAUGACAGCCAGGGUGAUGCCACAAGAGCACAAGGGCAGAAGCAACGAAAUCUAAGGACUGUAGAUUUAAGUAGUGAGUUAACAUUUGGUAGUUAUGUACCUUCCUUUGGGAAAGGAUCAGGGAGACCGAGUUGGCUUACUCAAAAAAGUGUCAACUUAGAAGAAAAUGUUAAGGAAAAUGCAGAUUUCAAUAGUAAGAAAGAAAAGAAGUCCAGUUUAAUGGAACAACUCUUUGGAAGCAGUGCCAGUACCAUUCUUCUUUCUAAAAAUAACGAUACAACAGCUUUUGACAUAGAUUGGGACUCUAGUAAUACUCUUCUUGUCGAUAAGAACAGUAAAGUCAAAGUAAAAGAAAACAAUGAGCUUUUUGGUGAAGGAAGAAACCUAAACAGACACCGUUUGCAACACACUACAAGCAAGCCAGGAGUUAAGACCCUUGGUUCUUUAGAAGAUGAUAUUAAAGAAGUAAUCUUACAAUGAUCAUAUUUUUAUACGUUUCAUAUGUAAAUACUGAAAAAUAUUUUCAUGUAAUAUUUAUUAGAUACAGAUUUGAAACACUUCAGAUAUAUUGUAAAGCCUUAUGAAGGAAUAAUUCACAGAAAUGGGUAUAUGUAUAGAGGAAGGAUGCACUUUGAUAGAACAGCCUAACAUAUGCAGGAAAUUUCUUCUGAAAUGUAAUAUCCAAAUACAGACCUUGGAGGUCUGUCAGUGACUCUUUUGGCAGAAAGACGGGGAAGGUGUCCUGAGGGACUUUGACAGAUGAGAUAGGCGCUGGCUGGCCACUUCAGUCAAUCAGAGAAGAUGCUUUUGCCCCAACUUGGGCUCCAGACCACCUGUCGCUGUUGCCGCGUGGCACCAUCUGAGUUGCGCAGCUGUGGCUUGGGGGCCGAGAGGCUCGGUAGUGCAGAGCUGGCAGGGAUGCCAUAGGAAUGGAAG